GUAAUGGCUGCCUGAUGGAGUAAGUGAAUUUAGUUGCUCCGUCUCUUCUGCUUUCAAUUUGACCAUAACGUUGAGACGUCUGAGUUAAAAAUGGUUUAUAUUCACCCUAAGACGAAAUCUAACAGUGUGAAGUGAUUAACCAAUAUUUGAGGUUGAAGCCUUUUCGGUGCCCUGCUGGUCAUAGCGAUGAAGGCGCGUGUGGAGGCGGUGCUGAACGUGGGUCUUCGGAUCCCCAGCAUCAUGCUGCUGGAUGUGCUGUACCGCUGGGACGUCAGCUCCUUCUUCCAGAAGAUCCAGAGGAGCAGUCUCAACAAUAACCCUCUCUUCCAGUACAAAUAUAUUGCCCUGUACCUGCAUUAUGUCGGCUACAUCCUCAGUCUGGUGUUGUUGACUUUACCCCGGCAGCAUCUGGUGCAGCUCUACCUCUAUGUGCUCACAGCUUUUCUGCUCUUCGCUGGGCACCAGCUCUCCAGGGAUUAUGUACGUGGAGAGCUGGACUCGGGUUACGAGGGACCCCUCUACCUGGAGCCACUGUCCAUGAACCGCUUUACCACGGCACUCAUUGGUCAGGUCGUGGUGUGUACGCUGUGUUCCUGCGUCAUGCAGACCAAACAGAUCUGGCUGUUUUCUGCACACCUGCUCCCUCUAGUGGCUAGACUGUGCCUCGUGCCCCUGGAGACCAUCGUCUUCAUCAACCGCUUUGCUAUGAUCUUCACCGGUCUGGAGGUGCUCUACUUCAUCGCCUCCAACCUACUGGUGCCAUACAAUCUGGCCAAAACUGCCUACAGAGAGCUGGUGCAGGUGGUGGAGGUGUAUGGUUUGCUGGCUCUGGGCAUGUCUCUGUGGAAUCAGCUGGUUCUGCCUGUUCUCUUCAUGUGCUUCUGGCUGGUGCUGUUUGCACUGCAGAUCUACACCUACUUCAGCACACGGGACCAGCCGCCCUCCCGAGAGAGGCUGCUCUUCCUGUUCCUCACCAGUAUCGCUGAGUGCUGUAGUACUCCUUACUCUCUGCUGGGGCUGGUCUUCACUGUGUCUUUUGUGGCGCUGGGCGUCCUCACCCUCUGCAAGUUCUACCUACAGGGUUACAGAGCUUUCAUGAAUGACAACACCAUGCACAGGGGCAUGACGGAGGGUAUCACUCUGCUGAUCUUGGCUGUUCAGACUGGGCUCAUUGAGCUGCAGGUCAUUCACAGAGCUUUCCUCCUCAGCAUCAUCCUCUUUGUUGUGGUGGCUUCCAUCCUGCAGUCCAUGCUGGAGAUCGCCGACCCCAUAGUUCUGGCACUGGGGGCCUCCAGAGACAAGAGUCUGUGGAAGCACUUCCGAGCAGUGAGUCUGUGUCUUUUCCUGCUGGUCUUCCCUGCUUACAUGGCUUACAUGAUCUGCCAGUUCUUCCGCAUGGACUUCUGGCUGCUCAUAAUCAUCUCCUCCAGCAUCCUCACGUCACUGCAGGUUCUUGGCACCCUUCUGAUCUAUAUCCUCUUCAUGGUGGAGGAGUUUCGUAAGGCUCCUGUUGAGAACAUGGAUGAAGUCAUCUACUGUGUCAAUGGGACCUACCGGCUCCUGGAGUUCCUGGUGGCUGUCUGCGUGGUGGCCUACGGUGUUUCAGAGACCCUGUUUGGAGAAUGGACUGUAAUGGGCUCCACCAUCAUCCUGGUUCAUUCCUACUAUAACGUGUGGCUAAGGGCCCAGCUGGGCUGGCAGAGCUUCCUGUUGCGCAGAGAUGCAGUUCACAAGAUCCAAAGCAUGCCCACUGCUUCCACAUUACAACUCCAGCAACAUAAUGACAUCUGUUCUAUCUGCUUUCAGGAUAUGAAGUCUGCUGUCAUCACGCCAUGCAGCCACUUUUUCCACGCUGCCUGCUUAAAAAAGUGGCUGUACGUGCAAGAAACGUGUCCUCUGUGCCACGGGCAGCUCAAGAGCCAGUUACAGCCAACUAGCUCUCCAGGUGCCACCACCCAAGGCACUCCACCAGCCAAUCAGAACCCAGCAGAGGUGGAACAGGAGCAGGGUGAACCACAGGUUGAGUUGGACACUGAGGAAGGCACCCAAGCAAAAAACCCUCCUCCCGUAAAAACUUCAGCCAAGACAGAGCUUGGAACGGACUUGCUAUCAGGGAGAUCAAAAAUCCAGCCUAAAGAAUGUGAUGUAGCGGCAGAGGGCAGCGCCGAGCCAGUUGGUGAUUUGGAUGAUGGUUCGUGCAGCACAUCACAUGUCCAUUCCUCUUCAUGAGCACAUGCCAAGCCUACCUUCAACUCUUAUCAGCCUGUUAGGUGUCGCCAAAAACAUUUCAAAUUGCCAAUGUUGACGACUCCAUUAGAAGAUGGUUAAAGGGAUGGUUUACCUUUUUUAAAAUAAAAGUUCUGUCAUCAUUUACUCACACUCUUGACGUUCCAAAGCCUUUUUGUGGAACACAAAAGGAGAUAUUUAGAAGUUAUUUUCCAUAUAAUGUAAAGGGGACAAAGGCUGUUAAAUGAGAGCUUGUUUCCACCAUAGAAUAAAAAAUAGUUGCAACUGUUUAUCUGAAAAUUUUGAUUUUCUCACAAUUCUAGGAAAAAAAAUUGCAGAAUUGCAAAAU